AUGUCUUCAAAGGCCGGUAAAGCUAAAGGUAGACGCUCUGGAAAUACCGUAAACAACUCACAGAACAAAAGAACUGAACAGAGUUCACCCGAGGAAUCGACAGAAAGAACAGAAAGAACAAUAGCGGAAGAAAAAGUUGAAUCUAUAGAAAACGGCCUUAAAAUGUACAGAAAACGUUGCAGGUAUGUCGCAGAGCAAUCUGAAAGUAACAGUGAUGAACUAUAUUAUGUGAGAUCAGAGAAUGCACAAUUACGCAGUGAACUUGAUCUAAUGCGUGCUAUGAUGAUAAAUAUGGACCGCAGAAUGCAGAACAUGGAGUCAGAAAUCACAGACAUGAGAUCGCGUUCAAUGCGUGACAAUAUUAUGAUUCAUAAUUUAGCAUACGCAUCUGAUGAAAAGCUGGAUCAACAGGUUCCUAAUAUGUUGAAGGAAUAUCUUGGGGUUGAGGUGAAGUUCGUCCGAAUACACAGAAAUAGCGUAAGAGGAACGAUUAAUUCAAGGCCAGUAUCCAUCACUGGUAAAUUGGUGGACGGCAGAAAAAAGGAUGAACUUCUCCGCGCACAAAAACAGAAAAGGGCAGAAAAAGAGGAUCUACCAGACCCAAAUACAUUAGGAGACUCAGGCUCAGAAAUUUCUGACCACUGUUUUAUGCCUUCUACUGGUGUUACUACUCGUAAAGGUUCUACUCCAGCUACUAGCAAAUCUCCAAAAGACGGUCAAAAGGAUAGCCAGAAGGGAAUUCUUUCCUCUGAGUCCUCUCCAAAACGUACGCAGGAAAAUUCCAUGCAAAUAACAAUGGAUUCAAUUCAAACACAGCUGACCGAGAUUAACAACGAACUCAAAAAGACAAUAAAGGUUAGUGAUAUUCAAACAGUUGUGAGAAGUGUUGUAGAAAAAUUAUUUAGUAGGUACCAAGAAAAGUUUGAGAAGAAAUUGAACGAUGAAGUCGUAAAACUCAGAGAAGAGAAUGAGAAACUACAUCAAGAAAACAAAGAUUUGCAGAAAGAAAUUAGGGAACACGAAGAAGUAUUAAACGACUUGCAUAACAGAACGGAAGAAAACGAAUGGAUGACAAGGUCAGCAAUUUCAAAAGCAAAUUUCAAUGAACAAUAUUCGAGGAAGAAUAAUUUAAAAAUUCAUGGUUUACCAGAGAAGAAAGGGGAAGAACCCUUACAGGUUGUGAAUGAAGUGCUCGAGGAAGUGGGCGAACAGAUUAAAGAAGAUGACGUUCUAGCAAUCCAUAGGAUUCCAGGAAAGAAAGACCAACAUCGGCCAAUUAUAAUAAAGCUUAAAACCGUGGAAGCCAAAGUAAAGGUCAUGAAGAAGCGAUCGGACAUUAAAGAACUAGAGUUACAGAAUGAUGUCAAGGUCAAAGUAACGGAUGACGUGACACAAGAGAAUGCAGCCCUUAUAACAAGACUCCUGCAGGACCACAGAAUAUCCGCGGCAUGGUACUUUAAUGGGCACAUUUACGGAGAAUGCGGGAAACGAAGAAUCAAAUUUGAUUUAUACGAUGAUAUUGACAAGAAAAUACGGAAAAGAUGA